UUUGGGUAUUUGGGUAACAAAAAUUAAAUUUGUAAUUGUGAAACCUCUUACUAAAGUUUUAAAAUCAUUUAAUAUGAUCAAAAAUAUAGAAUGGCAUUAGAAUUUAGAUAAAUUGCAAAAAUACGCAUCUAACGCACCUAAGCAGUAAGAACCAUCAAAAUACGAUUUCGAUGCUGAAAACAUAAUAUUAUUUAGAAUGGCACGAAUGAACAAAGAUUUCGAUGAAUUUUGUGAUCCGCUCAACCCGAGAACUAUCACAUACGAAGACGUUUUAAGCGCAACGCAACGCAUUAGGAAACACAUAGAGCCCACACCAUGCAUUGCCUCGCACUUUCAAAAUCUAUUCGGCAUGAAACUGUUCUACAAACUGGAAACUUUUCAGCCAACUGGAAGUUUCAAAGGAAGAGGCGCUCUGAACGCCUUAGAAAUGAUGCCGAGAGACGAACAAAGGAAGGGCGUGGUGCUGGCUUCCGCGGGCAACCAGGCCCUCGGUGUCUGCUACUACGCGCAGAAGAUGAAGAUCCCAGUGACAGUGGUGAUGUCCAACAUAGUGCCCAUCACAAAGCUGCAGAAGUGUCAAAACUACGGCGCCAAGGUCAUCGUACACGGAGACAACUACCACGACGCCCAGAAACAUGCCAAAUACAUGGCGAGGGAAAUGGGAUUGACCUUCAUUAAUGCACGCGACCAUCCCGAUAUAAUCGCGGGCUACGGCUCUAUAGCGCUGGAGAUCUUGGACCAAGUGCCUGAUAUUGACGCUGUUCUGGUGCCGGUGGGCAGCGGGGGGCUGGCUGCAGCCAUUACCGCCGUCAUCAAGAAACUCAAACCACACUGUCUAGUCUAUGGCGUGGAACCUGAAAUUCUACCCACAUUCUUUAAGUCGCUUGAGGCGGGGAAACCAAUGACGCUGCCUUGGACAAACUCGGUCGCCGACAGUAUCGCCAUGUCAAAUAUUGGAGUCAAUGCCUUUCACACGGCGAAGGCGCUUCUGGACAAAAUGAUACUAGUGAACGAGGACUGGAUCGCGCGCGCGGUGCUGCACUUCGUGGAGAAAGAACGGUUCGUGGUGGAAGGGGCCGGCGCAAGCCCCCUCGCCGCCAUCAUGGCCAAACAAGUGCCGGAGUUGAAGCAAAAAACCGUGGUGUGCAUCACGAGCGGUGGCAACAUAGACGCGGUGCUGCUGGGCCGCUGCCUGGACCGGGGCCGCGCCGCCGAAGGUCGACUGGUUAAGUUCAAAGUUGGAAUACCGGACUCGUCGGUGGGCUACGAGGGGCUGCUGCGGCUGUUGGCGGACAACAACUUCAACAUGUACAGGCUGUUCCCCGACCGCGCCUGGGUCGAGGACGAAAUGUACAGCGUGGAGGUGAAAGUUGUAUGCGAAACGACCGGGCUGGACCAUGCUAUUGAGCUGAAGAGGACAAUCGAAAAGGCGUAUCCCAAUACUGCACUCUUUGAAGCGGAACCCUACGAUGUGAACAAGACCUGUCCAUGUUAUUACAACAAACCAUCAAAAUCUAAGAGCGGUGUCAUCUCGAUCUGAUCCUUAGAAUAAUGAAAGAAUUUCAAUCUGACAGAAAAUAAGCCAUUGCACAUUUAAAAUUUUAAAAGCUCUGUCUAAUAUUACAAACCACUAGCUAUACUGUUAUACAAAGUAAUAAAUAAAAAAUGUAUAUAUAUCACUACAAUUCUAUAGCUGGUAUUCUUUAUCUAAUUAAAUAAAUUAACUUAUUUUUAUUAUUGGAUGGAUAAAUAGUUCUUGCUUCAUAUGUGCCCAACACCUCAAAUUUUAUAAGCCAAAUCAAAGAGUAGUGAAUCAAAUAAUUAAACUUAUUA